AUGAACCCUACAAAGUGCGCAUUUGGAGUGCCUGCAGGUAAAUUGCUGGGAUUCGUAGUCAGCCGUAGGGGCAUUGAAUUGGACCCUACUAAGAUUAAAGCAAUUCAGGAGCUACCGCCUCUCGAAACCAAAAAAGAAGUCAUGAGCUUCUUGGGAAGGUUGAACUAUAUUAGACGAUUCGUAGCCCAGUCAACUGUGAUUAUAGAGCCAAUCCUCAAGUUACUCAAGAAGGACGCUCCCACAAAUUGGACAGAGGAGUGCCAAGAGGCAUUCGACAAGAUCAAGAGAUACCUCUCCAAUCCUCCUGUCUUGGUACCGCCCAGGCCAGAAAAUCCUCUACUACUGUAUCUGUGGGUAUCAGAGAAGGCUUUCGGGUGCAUACUCACCCAAAAUGAUGAAGAGGGCAAAAAGGAACAUGCCGUCUACUAUUUGAGUAAGAAGUUCACCUCCUGCGAAGCGCAGUAUACGCUCGUAGAGAAGACCUGUUAUGCUUUGACCUAG